AUGAGCCAAAGUAUUUCUCUGAAUUUCGAAUACAUUGGUGCUCACAUCGAUGAUUAUAUUCGAAAUCAAAAUCUUUUUGAUACAUUCGAUCUCGAAGACAUCAAAACAAUCAUGAAAUAUUCCAAAUUAACCACAACUCAGUUCAUUUCUCUUCUCAAACAAUCAUCACCAACUAUCAGCGCCAACAAAUUAUAUAAAUGUACACGAAAUGCGAAAGUUACAAUCCAAAACAUCGACGAGGUCUUUUCAAUUCUUAAAUCAGUCAAAAAAUACAUGAAAUUCAAAGUAUUUGAUGGCAUCAUUGAUUUUUAA